AUGGAAAAGUACCGAGAGGGCCAGAAAGAAUUGCACUGCGUGUUCAUAGACCUAGAGAAAGCUUAUGACCGUGUGCCUAGAGAGAAAGUGUGGAUUUGCCUGAGACUGAAAGGUUACAAAAAAGUAUGUGAAAUUCAUGCAAGAUAUGUACAGAGGAGCAUACGAACAAUUCAGGAGGAUGCCGGUUCAGACAAGGAGGUACAAAAAAGAAUACAGGCGGGAUGGAAUAGUUGGAGGAAAGUCACUGGAAUUGUGUGCAACAGGCAGGUGACAGAAAAAAGUAAAAGACAAGAUUCACAAUGUGAUGGUGAGACCAGCAAUGUUGUGUGGACUGGAUGCAACAUCUUUGCCAAAGCACAGGAAAGAAAGCUGGAGGUAACAGAGAUGAAAAUGCUGAGAUGGGGUCUGGGUCUAACAAGAAGGGAUUUAAUCAGGAAUGAAGUGGUGCUGAAAAAAGUGGGAGUGAAUGGAUUACACGACCAACUUAGAGAAAGCAGACUGCGGUGGAGGGGGCAUGUGAUGCGAAAGGAGAUGGGUUCAGUUGGAAGAAGAGUGGAAAGGAUGAAAGUGGGGAAAGCGAAAAGAGGAAGACGACGGAGAAGAAUGCCAAAUUGUUACAAUGAAGAUAUGAAAGAAGUAGGAAUAGAAGAUACAGAUGCUCAAAACAGACAAUUAUGGAGAAGGCGGAUUGCACCGCAACCCUACACCGCAGUAGGAAGUGUCUGUUGA